UUUCAUUGUGAUGUGUUAUGGCGCACGUGUUCAGAAAGACGAAAUUGGCUCGUCCAGGGGACAAACUUGUAAGGUGUGAGAGUCCCGAGGAACCUCCAACCCCAGAUCUUUCUCACUUGACCCCGGAAGAAAUUAACAUCCUUCAAAAGGUCAUUCAACGACAGGAAGAGUUCGAGAAUGAAGAGGCCUCAUGUAUCUGGGCCAUUCGACAACAGCUGGAGCAAUACGAAGACGCAGUCCGAGCACAAGGCAGCGGCAAAGGGCGCCUAAAACACAUCGAUCUACGCCUAUGUCGAUUAUGCUUUAAAACGAAAUUCGCGGAUGGCAUCGGACGUCUGUGUCAUGACUGCCGGAAGCGGGUUUGUCAGCGUUGCGGGGGAUUCACUAAAGGCCGCUGGGAUCCAAAGAAAAAGAAGAUGGUGCGAGGUAGAUGGCGCUGCAAUAUGUGUGACAUGAAGCGGAAGUUCUUUUGUAAAACGGGCGUCUGGUAUCACGGACAACGUGCUCGACCUACUCUCAAUCGAGCACUCUUCAGUCAGAAAACGCGAAGUCUAGAGGCGGAUCUCACAGAGGAUGAGAGUCGAUGGCGCACGCUGUCCCCCGCCUCCUCUGAUGCUGUUGUCACGGAUACUGACCUACCUCGGGCCCAUGUCUCUUCCUUCCAGGCGAUGAUGCAGACACGGGGGCGCCGGAAGAGCAUGCCGAUUUUCCGGACGGAAAGUGUGGACAUUUCGGACAAUGAUAGUGAUGAGGAUCCGUAUAAUCGUAGUUCUCGGCGCAGGCGCUCUAGGCGCCAGAGCAGGCGACAUUGUCGUAAAAGUCGACAAACAUCUCCAGCUCAGGCAGUCCGGACGUCUCUCGGAAGGUACGAGGGAAAUGAUACCUACGAGAAUAGCUAUCCCAAUGCGGGUGAAAUAGAGUUUAUAUCAUGUGAUCUUCCCAACCAAGGGGAACUAUUUUACUACAUGUCGGGAGACUCCGACAACGACAGUAUAGGGGAAACUUCCGAACAUUUAAGUAACCGGAAGCCGGACGGUCAGAGUCAUGAUUCAUCGGAACACCUUGUGAAUGUACUAUCUCCCGAUCACAUGGGCAGCAUUUCGUACGGUGGACGACAUGACCCCCAGUUUUUAUACCCAGCAAAUAAAAAUCCUGAGAGGAUCGUGAUAGAUAGUGCAUGUCGGGAUAUAGAACGGAGAUUUUCUAAUGAACCAGAACACCGAUAUGAUCUCAUAUACAACACUCCGCGUACCGAAAGACGCCGAAAGAAUCCGAUCGUUGAUCCUAAAUAUCUGACUCCAGAAAAUCCGGAGAGAAACAGGAGUUAUUCCUCGGAUUCUAAUUCGUCUAUGAGAUCUUUUGUGUCAUCAAUUACUGAUCAUGAUCACGCCGAAAUUCAUCAAAUACCAUUUACUCAAGAUUAUCUCACGUCGCUGGAGCCACGAGAAAUUCUUCUGUAUCGUGACGUCAAAGAUCAAAGUACCAGGUCUUCCGGGUUAGGCAUGCGUGUUAUGUUUGGUAAAAAGGGUUACGGCAGGAAGCUGGGGGCGUUUGUGUCAAAGGUGGAGAAAAACGGACCGGCCGACUCCUACGGUAUCCGGAAAGGAGAUCAAAUACUCCUCUGGAACGGCAAAUCUUUAAUGGGGACAACUCUCGAGGAAUCCAUGGAUGUCAUAGGUCAAAGUUCAGACGUGGUUCAGCUGCUAGUAGUACAUCACACGACCAGUUUCAGUGACAACGAAGACAUGAGUACUAACACGUGUGAAAACACAUUACCAUACAGCACAACGACACGAGGGUCGGACGAUCGCUCAAACUGCGCCACGCCUCCUACAACACUGAAUCUCACCCGAAAGAGGAGAAUGCUUCCAAAAACACCGGUUGAAAUCAAGAAAGAGGAUCGUAACGUGAGUGGAUGCGUGCGCAUGUUAGUGUCGCACGAGGAUUCCUGUUUGUCGAUCACACUGAUUAGCGCUGAAAAUCUUGUUUCUGUUGAUCCCUUGACGUCACUAAACCCUGUCGUCAUGGUACACAUUCUGCCCAAUCGUGGUUGUUUUCCCAUGCAUCAAACCCAGCUUCAGUACAACACAGCCAAUCCGAACUUUAACGAGACAUUCAACUUCCACGACAUCUACCAACAAGAGUUGAGGAAGUUGUCCCUAGAGGUAACACUAUGGACAGUAGUAGAUGACAACUACCUGUUCUUGGGGGAGGUUCUUCUUGAUUUUUGUGACCUACAGUUGGACAAUCAGGUCCAUAAUUACGACCUUCAGGACCAUGACGAAAAUAGUUCCCCUCUUCCGGUGCGCAAGCGUAAAGAGUCUUCUGACGUGACCACUGCUAGUCCCCUUACGUCAAUUAAUGAUGGGUCAAGUUGGUCGACCAGUCCCGGUGUGCAAUCUUCUCCUAGGAGGGAACCCCUGCAUUGUGACGACAGAUACCACGUGACCAGUGGAUUUACUAAUGGCCGAGACAGGAGGUUCAAACUUAAUGUAACACAGUCAGUCCCGAACUCCCCCCAGUUGUCCCCCAUCAGUGCGUCCGAGGAAUCAAUGCAUCUCGGGGGAGAAACCCGCGGCAGUAUAACGACAUUAGUUCGGAAGAGGGUGUCUAACGCCAUGUCUAAGGUGUCUGCCUUGUCGGGCGACAGUCGGAGACACAGCAUGUAUGACCGCCGGAAAGACAAACUGUCCAAUCGCAGUUCCAGUGUGUCUGAUGCUACCCUGGAGACGUCUGGUCGUGUCUACGAUAAUCCGUCCCCCAUCAGCCGAAGAUCAGCUGUCAGCACCGUGUCAGGUACAGAGGAGCUCGGUAAGCCACCACAGCCGUUAAACACGGGGGACAGCGCUGGUCACUUCCUGGGGGACGAGGAAGAUAGCGGCGGUGAAAACGAGGCCAGCGGUGUCUGUACUACUUCCGGGAGACUCGAUCCAGAUGGGAAUGACGUGACGUCACUACUGGGGCCAGGACAAGUGCCCCCGAAACCUUCAAGCGAAACGUCCAUAUGUGGCACAAUUAGACUGGCCUUCAUGGUGUCCAAAGGUCAGCUAGAACUGGACAUUAUCAACGUCACUGACCUCAACAGGAAUCAACAGAGUAGUCCACCAGAUACAUAUGUGAAAGCCUAUUUGGUAGGCGGAUCUAAGGUUAUUCAAAAGAAGAAAACACACACCGUGAAGGCUUCCUUUAGUCCGUUCUUCCGCCGUACAAUCAAGUACUCCGCCUGUAAUAUACAUGGCCGGGCAAUAAAGGUGAUUCUGUGGGCUCGACACGGGGCGUUUGACAAAAAACAGUCACUAGGCGAAGCUGUGGUCAAGCUUGAUGGCCUUGAUCUAAUGCAUCAGUCUACCAACUGGUACAAACUGUUCCCGCCUGGCGCAACAGACUUUGGCUCAAACGAAUCUCUUAAUUUCUGGUGAACUGGAAGCUAGCCUUUGAUCUCCUAAAAAAAAAACUCUUUGCGUUGCCUGGAAUAUGAUUAACUUGUGGCUAUUCCUGAACCCAGUGCACAAUAUUGCUCUUCACAUUUCUAGACAUAUACCCUUGACCCAUAGCUUGUUAGACAUAUUCUAGACCUUCAGUUUAUACAGUGCAAAAUUUAAUCCCCUGAGCCUAUUGCACGAUGCAUUACCAGUGAGAAUACUUGGACUUUCAUCAGGGUGCAAACCCCCUUAACAUGUAGUACUGUACAAGCACUGGUGUGUGAAUACUUAGUUGAAUUAUAAUCUGCGAUUCAAUGGUGCCUUUUAUCAAGAGAUUGGCUGUUUGAUAACAUUACCUGAGGUUUUUUUUAAUACAGGUCAUUGGUGGUGCUUUGGUGUAUACUUGAAAAUACACGCGGUAAUUUUAAUUUCAUUGAAAUAAACAUGAGGACCUGAUCAUUUGUUAAAAACAGGAAUAUGUAUUACUGAUGACUUCGGUUGUUGAAUAUCUCAGUUAUACCAUAUAAAUGUGUAUUUUAUCAUAUACAUAUAACAGUAUUAGUUUGGCUGACAGUCUCGGUCUCUUUAAUGUUACAUAUCCAUACUGUCAUUAAAUUAUUGUUUUAAUUUUAAA